GUUAGUUGAAGCCAGAUUGGAAAAGCUGUUCAAGUAUGCGACUAGAUCUUAAAAGUGAUGGGCCAGAUGCGGCAGUCCUCGGUUCCUCAGUUCUGGGCAUCCUAAGGCGCCUAACCAAUAGCGACAAGCAGGUCGACGAAAUCGAGCGUGCUUUGGCUCCUAAUGUCCUCGGUCUCCAGCAAUGGACCGACCAUGCCCAGCGCUACUUCCCAACGCACCCACUCCGGCACCACUUCAACCUCCCUCUGGCUAUUGCCUUCUUGCGAGACCCACCAAGGCAGGGCAUUCGGCUGUCAAAUGACGAGCUGGAGGCUGUUUGGUGCCUCAUCCGGACAGUCUUAACCGAAACGACGAUCGCUAAUAACGUUACCCGCAAGGCCCAAGGAAAUUUUGAUGUAUUCUUGUGGUGUCUCAGGGAAGAUGGAAAGAUGGUGGAGUCGCUCAAGCUUCAAGUACUGCUCCCUACGCGCGAACGACUAGAAGUGAUUCAUUCGCUCCCAUUUUUUGCCCAAACCUGGGUGUUGUUUGGCGAAGCGAUGGAGCGGCAUUACCAUGUCCAGCCAUGUCACAGAAGUGAGGCGACACACACCGUUGACGGGAUCGGUUGGAAAAGUAUCAGCAGCGACGAGAUGGGAGACGUGGACAACGCGACGAUCGGACGAGCCGCUCCUCUCGCCUGACGACGCAGCGAACACGAAAUACCAAGCAAUGUUGGACGCGGUGAAAGCUUGGAUCGACUUGCACCCAGAUGUGGAACGGAGCAGGAUUUGUAUAUGGCUGGCCUGCAUCGACCAAGUGGACGACGAGAAGGCCCAGGGCGUAGCGGCACUGCCCAUGUGCAUCACGAAGUGCGACGCCAUGAUCUGCAUGACCGACGAUACCUACUACGAGCGGGCUUGGUGCUGCGUCGAGGUGCUGGCGAUGCGGCGGCUGCAAAAGGCGUACAAGACGCACCAGUGGUGGGAGUAUGCGUACGACAAGACGCAAGAGAACAGCGUGCUGCGACCCGGCCGACCUGGCAGGGAGCCGGAUGUCGCGGCGGCAAAGAUGACGCUCGAGAGCGACCGCCCGAAGCUGGUGUUUCUCGAGCGCCAGGUCAAGCUGAUGGACCGGGAGAUGGGAGAGUGAGCCAAGGAACGGAUCAAAGGACGGAGACGUAUGUCGCGCAAAACUGUCAUUGCUUUCUAAGCAGGAAGGGUGAAACCGCACAACGAUGAGUAUUUCCCUAGCGCCGCCGUCGUCUUUGCAAAGUGUACAUUUCGGCGGUGGCUGCCCAAGCCCAC